CCUGUACGUUAUAUACGUUAACUUUGAAUUUGAAUUCGAGUAAGCGUCUGUUAUUUCUUUUGUUUUUUUGUUUAAUGUCGCAUAAACUAGAUGUUCAUUAAUGACCAAUAACUGAAGUAGUUGAAGUAACUGAAUCAAGAAAAGGAACAAAAAAACAAGUUUGUUAACGAUAACGUGGUGUUAACAGUAGCUUGUUAAAUAAGUUGAAUUCCUCUAGAACUGACGAAGUUUAUCUUAUACAAGAUAUAAAAAAUAAAAACUAAAAUUACAAUUUUCUACAUAAUUUCAUAAACAGUGUUGUGAUAAAAUGUAUUACACAUAAACAUAAGUCAUGAUUGUCAAGCAAUGUAUAUUUCUCUCUAACCUCUAAUUAAUUAUUUUUACUUUCUUUAUAUUUGUCUGACACAAAUUGUGUAAUGUGAGUAAAAAAUAUAUCUUAUAUUUAACGUUAAAAUGGCUGAAGUUAGUGGACGUGGUCAAAAUAAAAAUAAUAAUGAAAUGGAAGUUGAUGAAGAAAAUGCUACUAUCGAUACGGAUGAAGAAGGUGGACUUAAAAUAGGUGACGAUAUAUACAUUCCACCACCUAUCACAGCAUUUCAUGAAAUUGAUGUUAAUGGUCCUAGACUUAUGAUUAUAAAGAUUGUGAAUGAAAACUUUAAAAGUUACGGUGGUACUCAAACUAUUGGACCAUUCCAUAAGUGUUUUUCAGCAAUUGUUGGCCCCAAUGGUAGUGGCAAAAGUAAUGCCAUAGAUUCAAUGUUAUUUGUAUUUGGAUAUAGAGCUAGUAAAAUUCGGUCAAAGAAGCUAUCGGUUUUGAUACAUAAUUCUAGCGAACGUCAGAAUAUCAAUAGCUGUACCGUAUCUGUACACUUUCAGCAAAUCAUUGAUAAACCUGGGUCAGAUUAUGAUGUUGUGCCUAACAGCGAGUUUAGCGUAUCGAGGACAGCAUUUAAAGAUAAUUCUUCACACUAUGAACUUAAUAGGAAAAGGGUGCAAUUCAAGGAGAUCUCAAAGCUUUUGAAGUCCUACGGUGUGGAUUUAGAUCAUAAUCGUUUUCUAAUCUUACAGGGAGAAGUUGAGCAGAUAGCAAUGAUGAAACCUAAAGCACAGAAUGAAAAUGAUACAGGUAUGCUUGAAUUUUUGGAGGAUAUAAUUGGGACAGCACGUUAUAAGAUACCGUUAGAAAAAUUAUCAGAGAAGGUAGAAAUGCUAUCAGAAUACAGACUUGAAAAGUUGAACCGUUUGAGAAUUGUUGAAAAAGAGAAAGCAGCUCUGGAGGAACCUAUGCAAGAAGCAGUGCAAUAUUUAGAAUUGGAAAACACAAUAACACAGAUACAACAUCAACUUUUCUAUUAUAAGAGAUUUCAAACCAUGAAAAAAUUAGAACAACGAGAAAAUAAAGCUAAUGAAUUAGAUAAAGAUAUUGCAAAUCUUGUAAAUGAAAUGAAAGAAGUUCACGAAGAAAAGAAUAAGCAAAAUAAAAUAAUUGACGAAAAAAGCAAGAAAUGGGAUAACUUGCAACAGAAAAAAGAUGAAAUUUCAACUCAGUUUAAUAGCAUUCGCAAACACGAUGAAUCACUCCAUGCCGAAUUAGUGGAGACUAAUAAACGUCGGAAAACUAACAUCGCAACAUUAAAAUCAGAAAAAUCGAAAUUAGAUGAACUCAGUUCUAUACCUGAUAAAAGCAAAAAAGGUAUUCAGGAAUGUGAACAUCUUAUUGAAAUUCACAUAAAAAAGAAAGAACACGAAGAAUCGGUAUUUGAAAAAUUAAUGAUCGGCUUGCGCGAGAAAACUGAACCAUUAUUAAAUGAACGUUCUGCACUGGAAAAGGAAUUAAUAUCUCUAAGAAAAAAUGUUGACGAAGCUCAAGCAGCUUUCAAUAUUGCCAAAUCUGAAUAUGAAUUAUAUAUUUCCGUAGAGGCAACAGAAAGAGAAAAACUAAAAAAGUUGCAAGAUUCUUUAAAAUUAACAAUAGAUACUUUAGCGGACAAAGAGCGUCAGUUGAAGAAUUUAGAAGAAAAAAUUCCGAGUAGUCAACGAAAUUUGACACAAGCGCAACAUGCUUUGGAAAAAAUAAAGCAGAAAGAGAUCGAAGAGACUACAAAAUUGAAGCGUAUGAGAAUAUCCUUUGAAGAACAAAAAUGCGCGAUGCAAGCAAGUAAAUCAAGAAAUAGAAUCAUAGAUAGUUUAAUGCGGGAAAAAAGGGAUGGAAGACUUACUGGUGUAUUUGGCAGAUUGGGUGACCUUGGAGCCAUAGAUGGAAAAUAUGACGUCGCGAUAUCAACAGCUUGUGGUCCUUUGGACAAUAUUGUAGUUGACACAGUGUCGACAGCUCAAGCAUGCAUAUCAUUUUUACGUAAAAAUGAUAUAGGACGUGCAACGUUUAUCGCUCUGGAAAAACAGCAACGUUUGUUAGAACGAUCCAAACAAAAAAUACAAACACCUGAAAAUGUGCCGAGACUGUUUGAUCUGAUACGUGUCGAAGAUGAGAGGGUAUUGCCGGCGUUCUAUUAUGGAUUGCAAGAUACAUUAGUAGCAGAUAAUUUAGAUCAAGCAACGCGUAUCGCGUACGGUCACAGACGUUUUAGAGUCGUUACACUGAAGGGUGAAUUAAUUGAACUGUCAGGUACAAUGAGUGGUGGAGGAAGAACAGUGUUGAAGGGUAGAAUGGGGCAAAAGGUUUUAAGGAACGAAUUAUCUGCAGUCGAAAUUGAAAAACUGCAAGCAAAUUUAGACAAAAUACAUACAGAGUGCGCUAAUAUCAGGGCCGAACAUCAAUCUUUAGAAAAUCAGAUUCAUAGUUUGAAUGUAGAUUUGAAAGAUAUGAUUGUUGAGAAAGAAAAAUUGUGUAUCCAAGUUCAAACAUUGCGAGAGCAGGAACCAUCCUUGCGACGGCAACUGAAAAUUCAAGAGCAAAAAGUUGCAGAAUCAGUUGUAGAUCCAAAAAAGGUUGAACAGCUGAAAAAAGGGACGAACGCGGCUGAAAAAUCUUUGGAGAAAGUGAAAGGGAAUUCAACGUCUGUUGAAUCUGAAGUACAGAGUAUCAAUAGAAAAAUAGAGGAAAUCUCGGGAAGUCGUGUAAAAGAUCAGCAAAAGGUCAUAUCCAACUGCAACAAUACGAUUGAAAAAGCUAAAGCAGAGAUUUGCAAGUUGCAGGUUGCAAUGAAAACAUCAGAAAGGAAUGUGAAGAAAGUCGAACAACGCAUAAGUAAUCUUGAAACUGACGUACAAACUUGCGAGCAAAGACUUCGUGAUAUUCAAAAAGAGAAGGAAGAAUUAGAGGUACAGGCGAAACAGUACCUACAGGAAAUCAAUGAGCUUGACGAAGCUCUUGUGGAAAGAGACACAGCUAUGUCAUCUUUCAAAGAAGAAUUGAACGCUUUGCAAGCGCGGGAGAACAAAAUGAGAGCCGUUAAAAUCGAUUUAGAUCAACGAAUGAAAGAAUGUAAAAGUGAAAUAAAAGCGUUAAAACAACAAAUUCCAGAGUAUACGCGACGAAUUGCCGAAUUAAAGCUUCAAGCUAUACCUGGAGAAGAAUUAAUGGUACUGGAGGAAUUAACCGAUGAACAACUUAGCGAGCUGGAUGAGAAUACCCUUCUACAUGACAUGCAAAAAGCUACGAAGAAAUUACCGAGCGAUAUUCCAAAUAUGCAGGUUAUCGCGGACUAUAAAGAGAAAGAUGCACUGUAUUUGCAACGUGCAGCGGAUUUGGAGAAAAUCACUGGGGACCGUAACAAAAUGCGAGAUAUUUACGAAACUGCAAGACGUCGUAGAAUACAAGAGUUUCUUGCUGGUUUCACUAUAAUUACAGAUAAGCUAAAGGAAAUGUAUCAAAUGAUCACGUUGGGUGGUGACGCAGAAUUGGAGUUGGUCGAUUCCUUGGAUCCUUUUAGCGAAGGAAUCGCUUUUAGCGUAAGACCGCCUAAGAAAUCCUGGAAAAAUAUUUGCAAUCUCAGCGGUGGUGAAAAGACUUUGAGCUCCUUGGCUCUGGUGUUUGCACUGCAUCACUAUAAACCGACUCCCCUCUAUUUUAUGGAUGAAAUCGAUGCUGCUUUAGAUUUUAAAAACGUCUCGAUUGUUGGAAACUACAUCAAGGAAAGAACGAAAAAUGCACAAUUCAUAAUAAUAUCGUUGAGAUCGAACAUGUUUGAGCUAGCGGACUAUCUCGUCGGGAUAUAUAAAACGUACAAUUGUACGCACAGUGUUAACAUGGAUUUAAGAAAAUAUUACGAAAAAAAUAAUAUCGCGCCUCCAACACAAAUUACCUCGAAAAACAUUUAUUCUAGUCAAGUACAGAAAUUCAGCCUUCAGAGUCAGGUUAAGGAGAAAAGUAUGACACAACAGACAGAUAAUGCUAAAACUCCAGAAAAAAAUCAAGAGAAUAGAGACAAUACUUUCAAUUCGCUUACAUUGGGAUUGUGCCCAACACCGCAGAAGACACCUGCACAAAAACGGGUACAUCCUGCAAAUGAUGAAGAAAACGCAGACAAUCGGGCUGUCGGUACGAAUUCGGCGAAAAAGAAAGAUGCGAUAAAAAAGCGAAGAAUAUAAAAAGUGUAAAGUUAAUCAAAUAUAUAAAGAUAUAAUUCGUAAAGGAUGUACAAUAUUUUUAUGUAAAUUUAACGUAUGUAUUAAAGUAAACUACAUAUAUAACAUAUGUAAUUCUACUAUUAAAUUCUUACCAAAUUUUAACGAUA